AUGACUGCUGUUGUUGCAGCUGCAAGGCCUGCCCUGGUAAUCGUACCUGGCAACUUCAGCUUACCUCGCUUCUGGAGCGCCAUCCAGCGGUUGGUUGAAGACAAGGGCUACGCCGUCGAAGUUAUUCCGCUCCAAUCUUCUCGUGAAGUAAGGAUUGAUCCUGCGCCAGGUUUGGCCGAUGAUGUAAAGGAGGCGCAGUCACUUCUGAACAAGCACAUCAACCAAGGAAAGGAUGUUAUCAUGCUUAUGCAUUCAUAUGGUGGUAUGGUCAGAACUGAAGCAACUCGCGGCUUAGGUCGCAUUAAGCGAGAAAAGGCAGGUUUAAAGGCUACUAUCUUUACACCUCCUGGCAAAAAUACUAGGGGGCUAUACCAAACAAACCCGGGUCGCUAUCCCCGCCGCAAGGGGGAAGGCUUGCCACCAGCCCAGGGCAUUUUCAAGAUUUCUCAGGCCUCUAGGGUCUUCGGCGAUGAGCAGACAUACAAUGGCUUCCAUGGACUGAUUCCAUCCAGCUAUACACUGACUAAGAAGGACGUGACUGUUCCUGAAGCGGCUUAG